CCGUGGCCUUUGUCCGGCUCCUGGAUUCCAAGCAAAGCCCGAGCAGCCCUGAGGAAUAAAAGAUUAAUCCGGCCCGGUGUACCCCGUGGUCCCUGGCCUCUCUUCCCGAUAGGUUCCCGGUGACGCCCGGAAAACCCGUUUCUUCUCCGCAUUCCUCCAAGUCACCGGCUGCGCCCAGGACCGACGGAUGGGCGCGCUCGAGAGACUGGUGCAUCUGCCCUCCGGUCCUUCCUGAGUCUACCCUGCGUCUGCGGAAGGGUGGGGGGGAAAGACGGACCUUGGGCUCGGCCACGUAAGGAAUGAGUGGCUUUCAGCCCCAGAGCUGCAGAAAGGACGUGAUGGAGGAUGGACUGGAGCCGCCUUUCGGCCCCGGGACCCAAGGGACCCGUGCGCAGCGCGCCCGCCGCCCUCCACCACGCUGUGCGCCUGCGCAUGCGUCUCCCGCGCUCUCUUCCUGCGAAUACGCAGCUCCGCGCGCCACUGCGCCUGCGCGUGUGACUCGCCGCGAGUUCCCGGCACUGAUUCAGGGCAGGGUCCUGCUCCUGACUGCCUGUGCAGCUGGCAUUGGAGGGACGUUUCAGUUUGGCUACAACCUCUCCAUCAUCAAUGCCCCAACGCUGCACAUUCAGGAGUUCACCAAUGCCACGUGGUUGGCGCGUACUGGGAGGACACUGCCUGGUCACCUGAUUCUGCUGGUGUGGUCACUGAUCGUGUCUGUGUACCCCCUGGGUGGCCUGUUUGGGGCGCUGCUUGCAGGACCCCUGGCCAUCAAGCUGGGAAGGAAGAAGUCCCUCCUGGUGAAUAACAUCUUUGUGCUGGCCGCAGCUGUCCUUUUUGGCUUCAGCCACAAAGCUGGAUCCUUUGAGAUGAUCUUGGUGGGAAGAUUGCUUGUGGGAAUCAGUUCAGGUGUGAGCAUGAAUGUCCAGCCCAUGUACCUGGGGGAGAGCACCCCCAAGGAGCUCCGAGGAGCCAUAGCGAUGUCCUCAGCCGUCUUCACCGCCCUGGGAAUUGUGAUGGGACAGGUGGUUGGACUCAGGGAGAUCUUGGGUGGCCCACAGGCCUGGCCCCUGCUGCUCUCCAGCUGCCUGGUGCCCGGGGUGCUCCAGCUCGCCUCCCUGCCCUUCCUCCCCGAGAGCCCACGCUACCUCCUCAUUGACCGUGGAGACACAGAGGCCUGUGUGGCAGCGCUGCAGCGGCUGCGGGGUGGCACGGAUGUGGCCAGGGAGCUGGAGGAGCUGGAGAAGGAGCGAGCAGCCUGCGAGGGCCGGCGCUCCUGCAGCCCCUGGGAGCUGCUGCGGGAUCGGUCCUUGUGGAGACAAGUGGUCAGCCUGGUGGUUCUGGGCAUUGCCAUGGAACUCUGCGGGAAUGACACGGUGUACGCCUAUGCCUCCAAGCUGUUCCAGGAGGCGGGAAUUCCCGAAGAGAAGAUCCAGUAUGCUGUCAUUGGCACAGGUUGCUGCGAGCUGCUCACGUCUUUUGUCAGUUGUGUGGUGAUCGAGAGGGUGGGCCGGCGGGUGCUGCUGAUGGGGGGUUACGGCCUGAUGACCUGUUUCGGGAGCAUCCUCACGGUGGCCCUGAGCUUGCAGAGCACUCUCUCCUGGAUGCCCUACCUGGCAGUGUCCUGCAUCUUUGCCGUCAUCCUCAGCUUUGGCAUCGGCCCUGGCCAAGGCAGGCAGGGAGCCCUGGCUGGCAGCCUCCUGUCCCCCCGACUCCUUGCAGCCGGGGUGACGGGGAUCCUGGCCACGGAGCUGUUUGACCAGAUGGCCCGGCCGGCUGCCUACGUCAUCUGCGGGGUGCUCUUGUGGAGCAUGCUCUUCCUGGUGGGAUUGACAUUCCCCUUCAUUGUGGUCUCGGGGUCUCUUUGCACCCACAGGAGGGUCUGUCCCAUCUCCUCUACGUUCCUUUCCUCUGUGUCUGUGUUUGUGCGGCCAUCUACGCUGGCUUCUUCCUUCCCGAGACCAAAGGCAAGACUUUCCUGGAGAUCUCUGAAGAGCUGCACAGGCUCAACUUCCCCGGGGACAUCCAGGGGCCCAAGUGGAGGGGCCCGGAGAUCAUUCGGUCCACGGAGCUCUAGCUCCACAGCCGGCUCCUUUCCUUCUUGCUCACACUCACUCCUACCUUCCUUGUGUGCCCCGGAACUUAGCAAUGGGUGGUGAGCAAGGGGAGAGGGUCCCCUGCCUCUUGGUUCUCCCCAGUUGGAGGCAAUUAACUGACAGGAGAUGCAUAAUCACACCAACAAAGGCAUACCUACAAACACAGGGAAUUGCAACGGGAGAAAGCUGUAGAUUGCCAAAGGUGUGCCUAUCACGACUUGGUCUGGGGGUGAGAGGUGAGAUCAGGAAAGGAUUUUCUGAAGAACUGGUUUUUUAAAAAAAAAUCAGUUUUGAGGAAUAAUUUACAGGCAAUAAAAUGGAUAAAAUGGAUCUAUUUUAAGAUGAGUUCUGAUGGAGGUAUAUAUCCACAAAACUGCCACUGAGAUCUAGAACGUUGUCAUCAACCCCAAAAGCUCCCUUGGUUUGCAGACAGUCACCUGCCCCAGCACCGGGCAACCGCUGGUCUGCUCUCUGUUGCUAAUGCUCAGACUUGCCUUUUCUAGAACUCGAUAUAUGGAAUCACAAAAUAUGCAUGUUUUUGUGCAUGACUUUGCUCGUUCAAGAUAAAGGUUUUGAGAUUCCUGCAUUUUGUUGCAUGAGUCAGUGGACUUUCCUUUGUUUUGCUGAGUAAUAUUCCAUCGUAAGGGUACACCAUGAUUUGUUUAACCAUUUACCUGCUGCUGGACCUUCAGGUGGUUUCUUAAUUCCUGGUCAUCAUGAAUAAAACUGCUAUGAAGACACCUGGACAGACCGUUGCAUGAUAUGAGUUCAUUCCUUUUGGGUCAAUGAAUUGCUGCUUUUAAUAAUAAAUGUAUGUUUAACUGUAUAAGAAACGGUUUUCCAAAGUGGUUGCACCAUUUUGCAUUCCCAUUAGUAACAUGGGAGAGUUCCAGGGGCUCCAAAGCCUCAUCAACACUUGGUAUUGUCAGUUUCGUAACCUUAGCCAUUCUAGGGAGUUUGUAAUGGAAUCUUGUGGUUUAUCAUUGGAUCUCCCUGAUAACCAAUAACGUUGAACAUCUUUUCAUAUGCUCGGUAUAGUCAUUCCUGUACCUUCCUUUGUGAAGUAUCCGUUCAAAUCUUCUGUCUGCUAUUUUUUAUCGGGUUGUUUGUCUUUUAAUUAUUGAGUUGUAAGCAUGCUUUACGUAUUCUGGAUGCCAGCACUUUCCAGAUAUACAGAUUGCAAAUAUUUUCUUGUAGUCUGUAGCUUGCCUUUUUGUUUCCUCAAUACUUUCUAAGAGCAGAAUUUUUAUUUUGUUGGUGUCCCGUGCAUUAGUCCGCUUUCAUGAUUCAUGCUUUUCGUGUCUUAGGCCAUCCUUGCCUAUCCAAAGGUUGCAAAGUUUUUCUUCUAAAAGUUUGUGUCGAUGAUUGACUUUGACUUAAUUUUUGUGUAUGGUGUGAGGCAAAGGUGGAGGUUCUUUUCCUCACUCCUUCCCAGCUAGAUUCUUUUGUCACACGGCAAUGCACGUGGUGGCUUCUUCUUCUCUACCAGGUUCUCUGGAAGCUUCCCAUGGCUUUCUUUUUUUAAUAUUCCUUAUAUUUUAUUGCCUUUUGCAAUUUCAAUAGUUUUUAUGGUACAAACUUAAUUGGGUGCUCUUACUGGAGUCAGAAUAAUUAUCACACUUUUAAAGUGAUGACACGAAUAUAACAUAUCAAAUGAGGAUGACAGAGUUGCUACUUUUUUGUGUGCUUUGUCUAAACAUGUACACAUCCAAAAUGCACGAUAAUAAGCAAUUUUGCUUCAUGACUUGUCCGUGUCCGAUGUAAACUAUUGGGGAUAAAUGUUAGAUUUUGGAAAUUCAGGCAGAAGCAAACCCUUAUUUUCUAUGCAAAGGUGAUUUGGACAGUUUAUAUAAAGGUGGGGAAGGGCAGUCAAGUAGGGGGUUUCCAGUGUGGUGCAGGUGACUGAGGGAGCAGGACCAGACCUUCCCCCUCCCCAAUGCCCACCAGGCCCUACUGUCCCUAACAACAUGUCCAGUGGGCUGAGAGGGUACACCCCAGGUUCGCUGUGCCUGCCUUCCCUCUGUGCAGUCAGUGGGGCUGAGAGAUUUGGGUGUUCUUUUGUACUUUUAUUCUUUAUUCCUAUUUUUUGUCUUUCUGGUGUAAGGAAAAUGUUCAAAAAUAGAUUGGGGUGAUGAAUGCACAACUGUGUGAUGGUACUGUGAACA